UCUAACACUGCCUUUUAUCCUCUUGAGCAUGGAAUUCACCAAAGCUGCAGAGUUUGGUACUGUAAUCUCUUCCACUUCUUUGUGAUCACAUGACUGGAGCUGGUGAAUGUUUGGCACAAUGUGCUCCUCCACCUUCUCUGGAGAAUGCGCCGCAGAUGCCCGGACAUUGGCCCCUCCAUUCCCUUCGGCUUCUUCAGCAAGCCUGUCGAAUCAAAACCCAACCAGCAGGCGGUGUGCUGGGUGACGUCAUGCACUAACAGCUGGUCGAUGAGCCACCAAAAAAAAAAAAAAAGGAUGUAAAAUGUAAAGCGGGCACAGCAGCGAGCUGUGAGCUGCACCGCGGCUCGAGCCCACAGCCACGGAACACUCGGAACCAUGUGGAUCAUCAGGAGGAGGAAGAUGCUGCUCUACAUCGUUUACACUUUCCUAUGCGCUUCUGGAGAUUGCCUUUUUGUGACUGAAUACUUCACCCGAACGCCUCGUAAGCUCAGUGCUUUCAACUCCUUCGCCAGUGUGGAGCUGUUUCACUUCAAUGUGCCUGAUGACACCAUGAUGGCCGUAUGGAACCUCAUUACCUUCAAAGAACAAGGGGGCACCUUUGGAGACCGCUGCCCCAAUCGCAAUGUGACUGUGUACUUCAGGUCUGGCGCUCCACCAGUAAUCAACCCUCUGAACACUCAUUUCCCACGGGAUAUGGUCGUGCCAGGAUCUUUUGCCGUCACUCUGACCUGGACCCUUCCGAACCGCACCACUGGGGCGUUCAACGUGACCAGCCCGCUCCCUGGGGACUGGUUCUUGGCUGCACAUUUACCCAAGGAUGAAGGAAAGAUCUCAGUCAAAGGUCUGUCUGAAGAAUGUCAGUACUUGUUCCAGCCUCAGCUCAUCGUACAAAAGCUCAUUGGGAUAUCGCUGCUCUAUCCGGGCUACUUCAUAGACCAGAUGAUCCCUGCACACAACAGAUCUGCUCUUUAUAAAGUGUUUAUCCCCAAUUACAUAUCCAAGGUCAAAGUUCAGCUGGUAAACUGCGGCAUAAAGAACAAAAGCAAUGGCACUUCUUGUCCUGUGGUGUUGAAGAUAAGAGCGCGUGCGCCCCCUGUGCACAACUCGAGUGCCCUCGACUGCAGGGAGUGGAACCCUUGUGAGUUAGAUGCGGUUGUGCCCGCAUGGGAACAAUGGUACUACAUCCUGGUGGAGAGAUACAACACUAACUCCAAUGUCUACUUCCGUAUCGGAGUGCAGGUCACAGACUGCUCCAAGUCCAAUGCAUCCAAGGAUCAGUCACAGCCAGGCUCCUCUAUGAACAUGCCACAGUCUUUUGGCACAGCCAUGGCUUUCUCCUUGUCAGACACCGUCUCCAUGGCAGUGCUGGGGGCGCCGUCUCACAAUGCCACUCAGCUGCACACCUCAGGGGACAGCGUGGUUUAUCUCACUCCCGCCACAGACGCCAACAAGUGCUGGCCCAUCCGCCCGACUCUGCGCAACGAGUUGGACACCUUCUCUGUGCACUUUUAUGUCUUCUUUGGUCCAAAUAUAUCCAUUCCGCCAGACAGGGCAGCUGUGUUUGCCAUCAACCUGAUGCCUGUCUUGGACAGCGGUGGGGUCCUCAACAUGGAGCUGAAGCUUAACAUGUCGACACUGAAAGACAAGAAUGUCACUGUGUUCGGCUGCCUGACUCACGGGAUGCCUCUCUUCCUCUGGCAAAACUCAUCAUUGAAAUGUGAAUCAGAGUCUGUGGCUGGGUUUUUCCUCUCUUUGAACACGUCCACUAACAUCACCAAACUCAGGAUUCCUUACCCACAAACGGGCACCUGGUACCUCAGUCUGCGCUCACUGUGUCCCACAGAAGACGGUUGGGAGGCGUGUACCAACACCACUGCGGAGGUGUACAUGCGCGCUUACCUGACUCCAUGCAUCAACGACUGUGGCACGUAUGGACAGUGCAAGCUGCUCCGCACCAACAACUACCUUUAUGCUGCAUGUGAAUGCAAAGCAGGCUGGGAAGGCUGGGGAUGCACAGACAAUUCUGAGGCCUACUCAUACAGCUUCCAGCUCCUCUCCACCCUGCUGCUGUGUCUCAGUAACCUCAUGUUCGUCCCGCCUGUGGUCAUCGCAGUCCGCAGCCACUACCUGCUUGAGGCAUCUGUCUAUAUCUUCACUAUGUUCUUCUCCACGUUCUACCAUGCAUGUGACCAGCCGGGCAUUGUUGUCUUUUGCAUAAUGGAGUAUGACGUUCUACAGUUCUGUGACUUCCUUGGCUCGCUCAUGUCAGUGUGGGUCACCGUCAUUGCCAUGGCCAGGCUGAAGUCCAUCAUUAAACAGGUGCUUUAUUUGCUAGGGGCCAUGUCCCUGUCUAUGGCUUUGCAGCUGGACCGUCACGGUCUGUGGAACCUGCUGGGACCCAGUCUUUUUGCUCUGGGCAUCAUGGCGGUGGCAUGGACAGUGCGCACCAUCCGCCGUCGGCGAUGCUACCCGCCCACCUGGAAGCGCUGGGUGUUUUUCCUCUUCCCGGGCACCACCAUCGCCACUUCGGCCGUGGCCCUUUACGCCUUUGUGGAAACGGAGGAGAACUACUUCUACAUCCACAGCAUCUGGCACAUGCUGAUCGCGGGCAGCGUGGGUUUCCUCCUCCCACCUCGCGCCAAGCCCGACCCCAAGGUGACGCCGCUGAAGCGGAGGCGAGGCUGCGGCUACCAACUGUGCGUGAAUGAGCACGAGGAACUGGGCCUGGUGGACCCGGCCAUCAUCACCAUAAAUAGCAUCUGCACCAGCUGAUAGACUCCUCUCACUUCCACCCCCCCCCCCCCCCCACUCCUGUUACCUUGGAGACACUUCAUUGCCUUCUUUUACUUGGGACGUUCACUCACGGGAAAAAAGCCACAGAACUUGAAGAACUUAACUGUAAAUACUUUUAUGCUGAUAAGACAUAUUGUUUCAUCUCUUCUUCUUGUCAUGGUUACUGUCCCCGUGAAGCAACGCACUUCCACGCCAUUGAGGUUUGCUUUGACUGCUAGCUACAAUGUCAAAGCAAGAGCCAUAUUGAUUUUGAAAAAAACAGAGCUACGCUAUGGAUGACCGUCAAAGAAUGAACCUUUUUGUUUUUAAUGUAUCAUCGGCAAAAGCCACAGAAUGAACACAUCAGUAAAAGUUACCUACUAAGGAGCAAAUACUUUAAUUCUAAAAUUAAGAAACAAGAAUUGUGUUGUUUUUUAUUCUCUCUUAGGUACAACUAAUCUUCCAAUCUGAGCAAUUAUUUUCCUGACGGAAUCCUAUUGCUUUUGAUGGACAAAAGACACGAUAAACGAGGCAGCUGAGGUGCAACUCAUCUUCUAGUUGAACCCUGUUGUUUUUACUAGCUCACUGACAACAAUGACAGAGGCAGCUAAGAUCAAAGGUCAAGUCAGUGCAACUAUUUCGUUUCUAUCCCCACACAAGGUCAAAGGUCAGGUGAGUACAUGUUGACUGACAAUUUUCAAAGCUUUCAGGGAUUUUUUUUUUCCAAUGCCAGCCCUAUUGAUUUGGAGUCUAGGAUGCUAUGGGGCUGCAUAGGUUCAUCCAGCGUUCGCUUAGCGGGGACGUCGCACUGUGGUCGCCUUUGUAAGUUACCAUCCAUCAACCAAGUGCAAGUAUUACUCGUGUAUGUACUGUACAGUAGAAGUAUUUCUUAUGACAUAUGCUGUGUACUUUACUUUGUACACAUGCUUGUUUGUGGGUAUGCAUUGAAAGUCAAGGCUGCUAUCUGACGGUGACUGUAAAGCUGCUUGUGGUCCUUAUUUAUUCAAGCAGGUUGGUUACAUUCCACUGGGUCCAGCAGAGGGUUUCAAAGUGAAGGCCAGUGACUGACAUAGAACCGGAUUAAACAUUUAAGGGUAGGCUAACACCGGGCACCUUCCACUUAACAGGGCUUGCACUCAUUCCGGCUUUGUGGGAUUCGGUUUUGCUAAAAAUAUCUUGGCUAUUGUACUGCCAAAAGGCGCACCUAACAAACUAGUCUGCGGAUUUGAACACCCCAAAGUAUCUGCGUGUUCUUUUAGAGCUGUUCUUUUAGAGUUGGGACACCCCAGCCAGGGAAUCCUUUAAUCAUCUUUAUUUAUGUGUGUUUUUAUUUGUUCAUAUAACGUACACAGAACGAUGAACAACUCGUAUCUGUCUCCUUUUUCCUCUUAAGAUCAUGUGAGAAAGUUGACAGCUCUAACCUUCCAAAUUUCCAAAAACAUGAAAACACUGAAUAUAACCAAGACACUGUUUUGGGGAAAAAAAGCUAUAUCAAGGAACAAGGACUGAGGUACUAAUGACUAAGGCACAUAAAUUUAGACUAGUCCCAGAUAAACGCAUGACGAAGGCACAUAGACACAUAACUCAUGACAUAGGCACAUUUAGAAUAGUUCCUGAAGAACUAGUGAGGAACUAAUAAAUAGAGUGGUUACUGAGGAAUUAAUGCCUAAAGCACAUGCUUUCAGAGUAGUUACUGAUUAAUUAAUGGGGAAGUAAUGAGUACAGUGGUUACUGAGGAACUAAGGACUAAGGCACACAUACAUUUAGAGUAGUUACUGAAUGGGGAAUGGGGAAGUAGUGAGUAGAGUGGUUACUGAGGAACUAAGGCACAUUUAGAGUAGUAGAAUGAGCCGCCAUUAGACAGUUCCAAGGGCCUCAGGCCAAUAGCACUCAUCAUCAAUAAAUUGAAAAAUUUACAUUUAAUGCAUGUGUUUGCUAUCAGCUGAUCUCACUCAUAGAUGAUCGUUAUCAGAAACGGCAGCAUAUACAGUAAACCUCGGAUAUAUCGGACUCGGAUAUAUCGGAAAUUCGCUCACAACGGACAGAUAAAAAAGAACCAAUUUUUCUGUAAUGCAUUUCCAAUAAAAAUUCAUUGCAUAUAUCGGAUUUUUUAUAACGGAUUUCGCCUAUUUCGGACAAAAUCUCCAGUCCCGUUCCAAUGCAUUUCCAUUAAAUUUCCCUCGCAUAUAUCGGCUGGCCGCAUCGUGGCGCUCCGAUUCGCUGAAUCGUGACAGGCCGCUAUACGACGUCAUUUGCAGCGUUUGCAGCGUUGCCUGCGCGUCCAGGUACAUUGGAAACAUAGUCAAGGAAGUGCCUUUUUAUAACGGAUAAAAUCCGAUUUACGCAUAUACCGGAUAUAAAUCCGAUAUAUGCGUAAAACGGACAUUUUCCGGUAUACGCAUAUAACGGAUUUCGCUUAUAUCGGACAAAACCAGUGGGAACUAUUGAAUCCGAUAUAUCCGAGGUUUACUGUAUAUAUAUAUAUAUAUAUAUACAUACAUACAUACAUACAUGCUGCAUUGCGACCGAGUGGUUAGUGCGCAGGCGCCUCACAGCUAGGAGACCCGAGUUCAAUUCCACCCUCGGCCAUCUCUGUGUGGAGUUUGCAUGUUCUCCCCGUGCAUGCGUGGGUUUUCUCCGGGUACUCCGGUUUCCUCCCACAUUCCAAAAACAUGCUAGGUUAAUUGGCGACUCCAAAUUGUCCAUAGGUAUGAAUGUGAGUGUGAAUGGUUGUUUGUCUAUAUGUGCCCUGUGAUUGGCUGGCGACCAGUCCAGGGUGUACCCCGCCUCUCGCCCGAAUACAGCUACAGGGGAUAGGCUCCCCUUGUGAGGGUAAGCGGUAGAAAAAGAAAGAAUGAAAAUUAGUAUUGUUGUUUGCAUGCACAAAUCCCUCCAGAAUAUAGGAAAACUCCUCUUUUUCAGAUUUUUAGAGUACUUUUUUAAGUACUUUCGGUACUUUCUCAAGCUGCUCCGCCUCUCACUUUGAAAGCCACUGCAGUAGAUUCAUGGGAUGUGACAUGUAUCACUUACCAAGGGCACUGCUUUUUUUCAUUUUUAUUAUCUUGGAUUUUACGUUUAUCUUUUGCACUGAGACAAAAAAAUGUAAUGUACAUUUUUAUCACAAAUGUAAAACUAGUCGUCAUGUGGAAUGUUAGACGGUGUCUUACAGUGGAAAUGUAUCGCGUUCACGUGAAUGUGCUGAUUGAAAAGGGAACAAUUCCAAAGUGCAGCUGGGGAAGACAAUGAGAAAUAUUAUAGAGGGGGCGAGGGUGGGGGUUGCAAUGAUUUCAGACCUCAAAGUAAGACCUGGCCUCUUUUACUCAUCCUCUGACAGGACCUGUGUGUCACCACAUUCAUAAACAAUAAAUGUUUUCUUUCUUUGCCUGGCUUUCACUGCUGCUUUCCAAGCUUUUAAAGGGCGAGCUGGUGAAGACAUCACAUGGCAAUCUGUGGCCCUAAUGGCACUCAGGGAGCCAGAUGAGAUGCUGUCAACAGCAUCCUCGUAGGAAUACAGCAAGAGAUGAAUAAUUCUCCGGCAGAGCGGCACAACAAGCAUCUCCGCUCUCUCCUUAUAUGAGACAAAAACCUUUAUGACUUUUUGAUGUUUGCUUUAUUAGGUGUGCAACUUUUGGAUUGGAAAUAAUGGCAUAGGAACCUUUCAGCACAUUGUUUUUGUUGCACUUCUUUACUCUGGGGAAAACUAAUAAUGACAUUUAUGAGCAUUCCUCCUGUUUGUUGCCUUAUUUUGAAUUUACGAGCUGCAUAAUCUAAUGAGAAGACGCAUCAAAAAUUCAGCCUUUCCAAAUAUAAUACUGCUCAUUUUUUAUUGACACUGUCAGACUGGUGUUGAUUUGAAAAUAUGUGGACUAUUCCUGUGAUUGUAGUUUGCAUUGCGUUAUGCUGAGAGCUGUUUCUAUUAUUUUGGGUACCUUAUUUAAGUGUCAGAAGAAGCAGGGGCCCCAUAAAAAAGUAGUAAAAACGUUAUGUUUAGUGCUGUAUA